AUGAACGUCGGAGCGAGUGUUUGGGUGGCACUGCUGAAGGAACCUCGCGUGCUCGAUCUCCUCCUCCCCCUCACCCGCGCCAGCCCUCGCAUGUAUUCUCGCCAUCUUCUUCGCUUUCCCCUUUUUUUUUCUUUCUCUCUACACACACACAAAGGCAGAUGCAGACACGCAUGCGCAGCUAUACACGUACAGCGGAGCGUGCGAAGUGUGCAGCUCAGAGGCGGGUGCUCAGGUAUUCCUGACGAUGUGGGUGUGUGUGUGUGUGGGGGGGGGGGGGUGUUGGUGGUAUUAUGGUUGGUUGCUGCGUUACUUUCCUCAGGGCCGUGCGCCUCCUGUUGCGGAGAUGAACGAAGGCGAGCCAGUGACCUCGGCGCCUGCAUUCUGCACAGUGAGGCAGCCUGUGACCCUGCGUUGACCUUUAAGCUACUGGGUGAUAAUGCAGGCGCAGAGCGGGCGGCUGAAGCGUACCGGUGGUACGACAUGGCUAUGUCUGCCCUAGGGCAUGAGUGUGGCAGCUUUCGACUCGAGUCGACCCCUACUGCUUCUCAGCUGACGAACGCGCUCAUGCGCACCCUCAUGACGUGUGGCUACGCACAUGUGAAGGCCAUUCCAAACGCUGUGUACGAUCGCAUGGGUGUCCGUGGCAUUAGCCCGACGGCAUCCACCUACGAUCUCGUCGUUUUGGCGCUGGCGCUCACGGGCAACGUUGCGGAGGCUGAAGACGUCUUCCGUUUUGUGCGGAGUCGUCACGCAGAGCACGUCACGAUUCGCGGCUACAACGCGCUGCUGCUCGGCAACCGCGAGGCGAGGCUUUUUGACCGCUGUGAUGGGCUGUGGCAGGAGCUGGUAGACCUCCGCUUUCCACGCGCGAGUCCACUGACCGCGGAGCUGACCUCCGCAGCGUGA